AUGAGUCAAUCGGGCGCCCCGCCCACCCAGGACGGGAUCGCUAUAGGCUCCUCUACCUCCGCGCAGACCCCGCCGAAUGCGACGUCGAGCCAGCCGUUAGGAGAUGCUAGUGUAGCAGAGCAACCGCAAGGCACUCCUGCCGUACUGAGUGUUCCCGCGCAAGGUUCGCCGCCGCAAGGAUCUAGUACUUCGACUGGCGAGACUGCGAACGAACGAUCCGAUAGCAUUGGGAGAGGGUCAAAGCGGAGUCUGAUGCGGAAACGGGAGCCCAGCUCUGGCAGCCGGCGUAAUGAACGUGCAGCAAUGUCUUCAAGUGAAAAGGCCUCACGCGCACCCGACGGUGGCCAGAGCGAACUACAGGGUCAGCCGAAAGCAAAGAAAAAGGGCGGUCUUUUUGCCUUCCUCUGCUGUGGCUCUAGCGACACUCAGGACGUAGGAGCACUUGAUCAGCCAGCGAAACCCGCGACCAAGCAACAGCCUGCACGUGUCCAGCAGCCGUCGCAGAUUAGAAAUCCCGCGACCGCCAACACAACCGACACGAGCGUAGAUCCUUCCAAGGAAGUAAUUGACGAGAAAACCGAGCAAACAUUGUACGCCAACGGAUCCCAACCAGAAGCCAGGCUAUCUCCCUCAGACACAGAAAAAAUGCCACAAAGCGAAACCAACGCUGACAAGCCCACCCCGGAAAUAUCUGCGGAUGUACCCCGUCAAGCCUCGGAAACACCCGCGCCAGGCAACCCGGCUCCAGACAACCAGGUAGCAUCUCCACCUCAGAUCAUUACUUCAAUGGCUCCUCCUGUCACACCCGUCGACAACCCCGCUGGCCCAUCCAUUGCAGUCAUCGCACCGACGCCGACCAUCCCACAAUCGGAAGAUGACAUCAUUUCGGACCGAACUUCGCAGCAAAUAGAGCGUGAUGAAGACAUUGAGAUGAACGACAAGCUGCCGCUGACGGAAAAGGAAGCCGAAGAGAUACAGAACGAGGCCUCCCAGUCACAAGGAAGCAGCCUCACAAGUCUACCUGGGCCACCACCAUUGCCCGCUAAUGACGGCGCCGUGCCGAGCGACUCACAAGCAUCUACGCAAGAUCAGCAGCGAUGGCUUCUCCCUGCAAUGAGGCCUGAACACCGAGGACGGAAAUGCUUGGUGUUAGAUCUGGAUGAAACGCUGGUGCACAGCAGCUUCAAGAUCCUCCAUCAGGCAGACUUUACCAUCCCAGUAGAAAUCGAAGGGCAGUAUCACAACGUCUACGUCAUCAAACGGCCCGGCGUGGACACGUUUUUAAAGAGAGUCGGAGAACUUUACGAGGUCGUGGUAUUCACAGCAUCCGUGUCAAAAUACGGAGACCCACUUCUCGACCAAUUGGACAUUCACCACGUUGUACACCAUCGCCUCUUCCGCGAGAGCUGCUACAACCACCAGGGCAACUACGUCAAGGAUCUCAGCCAGGUCGGACGCGAUUUGAAGGAGACCAUUAUCAUCGACAACUCGCCUACCAGCUACAUUUUCCACCCACAGCAUGCGGUACCGAUCAGCAGUUGGUUCAGCGAUGCUCACGAUAAUGAGCUUUUGGAUUUGAUUCCGGUCCUGGAAGAUUUAGCGAGCUCACACGUGCAGGACGUCAGCUUGGUGCUGGACGUUGCGUUGUGA